GAAGAAAAGUGUAAGCCCCAUUGUGAAGCAUUCGUGGAUGAAUUUUAUUUACUUAAAAGUUUUGGUCAAAAGAAAAAUUAGAAUUCGUGAACGCCAUGUGUAGCAUCCGUCAACUGUCUGAAGAGGAGCGUUCGCUCGUCGAUUCAUGGCUGGAGAGCGAGGGCAUCGUGUUGAACUCGCGCUCGCGGCGCGAUACAUACUCCGAUGUGCGGCCCGUGGCAGAGAUCCUGAAGAAGAUCUACCCCGAAAUAGAGCUCGAAUGCUAUCCCACUGUCAGCAGCUUCGAUCGUCGCCUCCAGAACUGGCAAAUCUUCGCGUUUCGGGUGCUCCUGAAGCUGGGUCUGCGGCUCCACAAUCAUGAUCUCAAACAGCUGGCCGAAGGCAAGCCGGGGGCCGUCGACUGGGUGCUCUUCCAUGCGUUUUCCCACGCCGAAACGUUUCCCAAAGUACGGAGCUGUUCCAGGGCCCGUUCCAUGGGUGGUGUUUCCAGGCGCCAGAGCACGAAAAAGUGGCGCGAUAUUUAAAUGUAUGCUGUAUGAAAUUGCCCUUUAUUAUCUUGGGCUAUCUAUAAUAAUGGCCUAUCAUCGCCCCAUCAUCGCCAUACAAAUUUCAGUUCAAAGAUGAUUGCUGGAGGGACAAGAAGACAGUUUCCCGCCGGAUGCGACUCGAUUGGGGAUAUCAUCUACGUGGGACCUGGCCAAUGGCACGUGCUCCUGGAUGUCCGGGCUACAGUCGAGCUCCAUGGAUUAGUUUAUUUUAGUAGUACCCAGAUCACAGAUAUUUUAAUAACUCGUACAAAAAGUAAAAAACCCAGCCUCUUCUGAA